CCUAACGGUGCUGCAGCUGCUGAUGCUGAGGAGAGAGCAUCCUCUGCAGCAGGUUUCCCCUCAGAGAGGCCCUGUGUUUUUAUAGACGUGAUGUUAGAAAUAAGAGUAGUAUUAACAUCAUAUGAGAAAUCAUUACCGUGAGUUCAGACGGCUCCCGGUGAUCUCCCGGUGAUCUCCCGGUGACUCCCUGAGCUCCGCGAUGGUGGAUUUAUUAUCCGGGAGUGGUGCAGUGUCGCCCGGGCACGCCAGACAGGGACAGGGCUGCGGGAAUAACGGGAAGAAAACGUCGAAAAAGUCACGAACGAGAAGAGGCAAACGAGGCCGAAGGAGAAGGAACAAAAAGAACAACCGGAACAACAAAACACCGCCACCGUAUUUCCCACCGGAGGCUGAAGAAGGAAACAUCGAGUACAAGCUGAAGCUGGUUAAUCCCACUCAGUAUCGCUUCGAGCACCUGGCCACGCAGCUGAAGUGGCGUCUGCAGGAGGGCCGCGGCGAGGCCGUCUACCAGAUCGGAGUGGAGGACAACGGCCUGCUGGUCGGUCUGACCGAGGCCGAUAUGAGGGCGUCGCUCAAGACCUUAAAGAGGAUGGCGGAGAAAGUCGGAGCCGACAUCACGCUCCUCCGAGAGAGAGAGGUGGACUACGACUCGGACAGAAACACGCGUAAGAUCGCAGAGGUCCUGGUUCGGAAAGUUCCUGAUGAUCAGCAGUUCCUUGACCUGCGGGUGGCAGUUCUUGGCAACGUUGACUCAGGGAAGUCGACCCUGCUGGGCGUCCUGACGCAGGGCGAGCUGGAUAACGGGCGAGGACGAGCGCGACUCAACCUCUUCAGACAUCUACACGAGAUUCAGACGGGACGAACCUCCAGCAUCAGUUUCGAGAUCCUCGGCUUCAACAGCAAAGGAGAGGUCGUGAACUACAGCGAGUCUCGGACAGCGGAGGAGAUCUGUGAGAGCUCCUCUAAGAUGAUCACCUUCAUCGACCUGGCCGGACACCACAAGUACCUGAAGACGACCAUCUUUGGCCUCACCAGCUACUGCCCCGACUUCGCUAUGCUAGUGGUGAGCGCCAACACGGGCAUCGCCGGUACGACCCGGGAGCACCUGGGCCUGGCCAUGGCGCUGAAGGUUCCCAUCUUCAUCGUGGUCAGUAAAGUGGACCUGUGCUCGCGCGGCACCGUGGACAGAACGGUCCGUCAGCUGGAGCGGGUCCUGAAGCAACCGGGCUGCAACAAGGUUCCCAUGGUGAUAUCGAACCCCGAUGAUGCUGUGACGGCAGCGCAGCAGUUUACCCAGUCAGCAUGCAUCACACCCAUCUUCACCCUGUCCAGUGUGUCUGGAGAGAGUCUGGACCUGUUGAAGGUUUUCCUGAACAUCCUUCCUCCUCUGAGCAACAGCAAGGAGCAGGAGGAGCUGAUGCAGCAGCUCACCGAGUUCCAGGUCGAUGAGAUCUACUCUGUUCCCGAUGUGGGGACCGUGGUGGGGGGAACUCUGUACAGUGGAGUGUGUCGGGAGGGCGAGCGGCUGGUGGUCGGUCCCACAGACGAGGGUCGAUUCCUGCGUCUGAAGGUGGGCAGCAUCCAGAGGAACCGCUCAGCCUGCAGGGUGCUGAGGGCGGGACAGGCCGCCACGCUCGCUCUGGGAAACUUUGACCGCUCGCUGCUGCGCAAG